AUGACCCAGACCCUCAACAAAAGGGAGGAUCCUCUUAACCUGGUUGGCGGCUGCACAUCCUGGGCCCCGUUAGGUACCUGGUCAUCCUACCACCGUAGGCGCAAGGGCGCUCCCGUUUACAAGCGGCGGCACCGCUGUGGCCCCAAGGCCGAGUAUGAGCCCCCUAGGCAGCAGCCGAAGCAACAGCACGGCCCAGGUCCUUGGUUCCAUCCACCCCGACGGCCCUAUUGGGCCAUGUCCUCUAACUGGGGGACCUGGGGAGGGCCCUGGUGCCCACCUGCAGGGGGAUUCUGGAAGCCCCCCGGCCCAGCGCAAGCGAUCCAGGUGUACGGCCUGCCCCCGCUCUGCCUUUGCUGCUGCUCCUGCUGGCGCGGGCCCUGGCACCCCGGCUGGGCAUGGCCCCCUUGCAGGAAGAAGGGCUGGGGCCGCAGGGACCGCGGCCUGCGCCACCACCCUCGCCGCCCCUCCCGGAGGAGCCCGCCGGUGGAUCUGAGCAAGCUGCUGCGGCCGGUCAGCCUGUACGAGUGGCGGGCGCCCGGCAUGCGCGCGCCGCGUAACACCACCCAGUUCAUCAUGAACCAAGUGUACGAGGACAUGCGGCAGCAAGAGGAGCUGGAGCGCCAGCAGGAGGCGCUGCGGGCGCAGCAGGCCCAGGAGGGCGGCGCCGUCUCCCCCGCCGGCUCCUCUGGAAACGAUGCGGCGCCCAGCGGCGGCGAGGAGGACGCGGAGCUGCAGGAGACUUUGUUCAGCUUUGUGCAGAAUCCCUCUCUCGGCUUCAAUUCUGCCCUAGACGAGGAAAACCAGUCUCCCACCCCACAGCUGCUGAAGGAGCAGGAAGAGGAGAAAGAUGAUGAGGAGGAGUGUGAUGGAAAGGAGGAGUGUGAUGAGGAGGAGUGUGAUGAGGAGGAGGAAGAGGAGGAGGAAGAGGGGCAGGUCGAGAUGGAAGAGGCUGACUAUGCAGAGCAGGGCGAGGAGGAGCUAGAAGAGGAAGAGGAGGAACUGGAGGAUGAGCAGAGAGAGGAAGAAAAUCACUUGCCCCUGGGAUUGCCUUUAUCAAUCCUGGUAGAAGCUGAAGAAGACACAGAGAAUUUUAUGAACUGCACCUAUCUGAGUCCCAAACAGAAAAGUCCCAAAGCGCCUCAGGAGGCUGUGCUCAUGGUACAGGACAUUAACUGUUAG